AUGUCUCCAAAUGAAGGAGGAUACAACUCCAAGCAUUCAUAUUAUACAAAUGAUCUGGAUGACUUGACUUGCAUCGACGAGUACUUUGAUCCGGCAAUCUGGAAUCUUUUCAGGUCUCCUCAUCAAUACAAGGAUGACAAUGAAUGGGAAUCUCUGGUCAAUCUAGUCGACCAAUUAUCCGGGCUCCAGGAUUUAGUCUGGGCCUGCGAGGUUCCAUUUCCGCCUCCCCUACUAGACAUCCUGCAUCAGAAAUUACCUGACUGCAGACUGCAUAACAUGGCGUUUAAGCUCCCAAGUCUUCACUACCAUGCGCACUACCCACAGGACGUUGAUAACAGAGACUUUACCCUGGCUACAUCUCCAAACCUAACCAGUGCUCUUGUCCCGAUAUCACAUUACGACCAUGAUGGCAACGUGGCAUAUAAUGAGGAGGCAGUGAUACAAAUGUCGGCAGAACUCGCGCUAAACUUGAGAGAAGUGCAUGUUGCACGAAGGCCUAUCGAGGCCUGUAAUACACGUUACGAGGCUAUAAAACGAGGUCGACCACCCUGGCCGGGCUUCUUCCCUAACAGCCCUACGAAGCAUGGAUCUGGGCCGCUAAAGCAGGCACGCCUGCAACGGUGGAGCCUGAACCCUGCUGCAAUAUAUACAUUCAAACUCUGGGAGAACAAGCUCGACUUUUCGACCCUCCAAGUUCUCCAUCUCUGGGAGGUGGAUGUAAAAACUUUGUUAUCCGCGAGUUCUCACAGCUUCAAGUCUCUCAGGGUCCUGGCAUUACACUUGAAGUAUCCUGAAGACCAUAACAUGGAUUACAGCCUAGAUGAGGCUAUAUAUUUAGAUAAAGCCGCAGCCUCGUUUGUCCUAGCACUUCCUCCUCUUAAGAAAGUCCAUUUCUCCGGAGUACACAGACACGAGAACACGUUUCAAACAAUCCUACAGCUCCAUGGAGCAACACUACAUACAUUAUCACUUAUAUUAUUACCAUCCUCUUCCUUACCAGGCCCUCUUAUGACAGUCAGUCGAGUCCAGCAGAUUCAAGCACACUGUCCGAAUAUCCGCGACUUACGAGUUUCUAUCUUACGCACCCGGGGUAAUGCAGCAGAAAGCGAGGCUACAAUAUAUCAGACUCUUGGAUUAUUCACUUACCUCACACACUUGGAGCUCCAGCUUCAUCUGAGAGAUCCCUAUCCUGAGUCUCUAGUUAACGACGCUGAUUAUAUAGAUCCUCAGCAAAUACCCGACCAGGAACUCCUUGUACGCGCAGCAGUGGACGAACCACUCGCUCGAGAGAUCUUCACCAAAAUCAUAACCGCUGGGGCACGCUCGCUGCAAUACCUGAGAGUAAAAACAUCAACUACCUGGAUCCCACAAAAUAUCAAGCCUAUCGCGUCUAUUAUGGCCCGGCAUUGGGACUGCAUCAGAAUCCCCAGGGUCGGAAAUAACCCCGCGGACAUCCAAGUCGACGUGAAAGAGAUCGGUACGAGACUGAGAGAUUUAAGAAGGAGGGAACAUGGGGGACUUAAGGUGGGCCUGGCCCCGUACGAGAAGAUAUUCCGCGAGCUCUGGCCUGUAAAGGGAGAGAGCUGGGAAGAGGAUUGGCAUAGCUUUCCCUUGGAGGCAAGUAAGGGUGUUUGA